CUCGCUUUCGCACUCCGCAGUUAAAAUCAGUUCGUGUAGUAACCGCCCGUCGCGCGAGCAACAGCCGUCAGCGCGCGGUUUAGAAGGAAACCGUCGCGUCGGAGCGUCACGUUUCCACGCGCGCCACGCGAGAGGACAUGGCCCAUUCGACGUCAGUUAGAGAACAACAGCGAAUGAGGGAAAAACAAGCGCGGACAACCGCAACUUCACGCUGACGGCGAUUUAAAGCCCUUCGCUAAAAGUUUCGCUGACGCGCCGGUGACGUCACACGUCAGCUAUAACCGUCGGUGUGCGUGUUUGUUUAUUUGUUUGUUUUUCUUAAUCACUAAAACCGUACGGGAUGGGGGCCAAACAGAGCAGUCCCGCUGAAAACGGCCGCACACGGGCGUACUCCGGCUCGGAUCUCCCGUCGAGUAACGGCGGCGGCGGCAGAACGGCGGCUGUGGCGAUGAGGUUUCCCGCUCACGGCGCCUCAGGUGCUACAUCUUCAUCGUCGUCGUCAGCGGCGGUGGCCUCGCACUAUACCGGCUCCAGGGCGCGCUCCGUCGGGGGAGGCACCGGUGGACCGGGCGCCAGACCCCAGUCGAGCAUUAAUAUACCGACCUUGGGAGCCUACAGUUCUCAGGACUCCGGUAACAGCACACCGGAGGAGAACGGCGGGGAGAGAGAGCGGUCAACCGGCGCCCCGAGACUCUUGAUCGGAUCUUUACCUGCUCACCUGUCGCCUCAUCUCUUCGGAGGUUUCAAGUGCCCCGUCUGUGCCAAGUUUAUCUCUUCAGAUGAAAUGGACCUUCAUCUGGUCAUGUGCUUGACAAAACCUCGAGUGACGUACAACGAGGACGUCUUGACGAAGGACGCAGGAGAAUGUGCAAUAUGUCUGGAGGAGCUGGUGCAGGGAGACACCAUCGCACGCCUGCCCUGCCUCUGCAUCUAUCACAAAGGCUGUAUUGACGAGUGGUUUGAAGUGAACCGAUCGUGUCCUGAACAUCCUUCAGAUUAAAAGCACCUCUCGCACCUUUGCACAGCCUCCUGGUCGUGAGAAGCACCGCAAUGUGAAUUUCUUCCUCCUCAUAGACACUGUGACUUUGGUCUCGGGACGGCCUGAUCGCCGAACGCCCCUCUCUUCUCGUAGCACGGCCCUCCCUAGUCGCCAUAUAAACUCUAGUGUGCCAAAACUCAUUCAGGGAAACUCUUUCCACAUCACAGUCCAGCAGAAACCCCAGAGGCGGUCGAGAGCGUCUACUCCAGCGCACCAUUGUCCAAUCAGGAAUGGUGAAGAAGGCGGGUCUUGGGAAGUUCAUUUCAUUGGUGUCUCUUAAUUGGCCCGGACUCAGGGUCAGCUGACUGUGUGGAUAAUUAUCGGAGGAUUGUUCUCUGGUAAAUGGGACUGUGUCUCUCAGUGCCUUAACUUUCAGAUCCCACGGGCCGAAGCGGCGGCUGCGUUUCGAUGGACUCGGAGAAAGACGCCUGGAUGUGACGGGACACGAGCCCUGAUUCGGGUCGGCCCUGAGCCAUACUGACAAGUGCCCUGUCUUUCGUAACGGCGACACAGCUGUUUUUCUCUCUCUCUUUCUUCCCGGAUGGAGUAACGUCCCAUGCAUCUGAAGUCUGGUAGCAAUAUUUCUGCUAACGGUUCAAGAUUAACUGUAGCCUGUCACGUGACGUCUGCACCGUCUCAAGAUCAUUUAUGCAAGUGCAUCAUGUUUUAUUUGUGUUGACAAAUCUGGGCCUUAAUUCAACACAUGACUGACUUCUGUCUCUUUAUGUAGAGUGAAUCUCAUCAGAACAUCUCAAAAGCAGAAGCAAAAAAUACUAAAUUAUAUUUUGCAUAAAGAAAAUUAUGUUUUCUGGGGGAAAUUAAUAUAAUGCAAUUAUUUUUAUUGAAAUCUGCGUAAUUUUAAUGGCAGUACAACAAAUGCUACCAUGUUUAGUAAAUACAUUACAAUUUAAUAAAUUAAUGAUAUUCAGCGUACUGCUUAUAAUUUAUGCUGAUUUUAUUUAAAAUAAUUACAUUAUAUUAAUUUAUAUAAAUAUACUAUAUAAAUUGGAUGGCUGUACAACAAAUACUACCAUGAUGAAUAAAUUUAUUAUAAUUUAAAUAAAUUAUAACUACAAUUUUACUCCUUCAGUAUAAGUAUUUGUGCACUAUGAUAUUAAUUGUACUGCUCUUAAAUGCUGAUUUUAAAUUUAAAAAUCAUUGUAUUUCAGUAAUAAAAAUCAUCACUGAGAAUAAUAAAAACCAGAAAACUGAAAAGUAAAAUUUCCAUUCAAAUCGGCAUAAUUUAAUGGCAAUACAAAUACUAAUAUGAUGAAUAAGUAUAUUACAAUUUAAAUAAAUUGUUUAGGAUUUAGAUUUUUCACUUGAUGACAAUAAUACACAUUUUCCCCCUUCUGUACAAGUAUUUAUACACCACGAUUCAUGAUAUUUAUUGUACUGCUAUUAAUUUAUGCAGAUUUUUUUUUCUUGAAAUCAUCACUGAAAAUAAUAAAAAGAAAACUCAAAAAUACUACUAUUAUAAAUACAUUACUAUUUGAAUAACGUCAUUUUCAAUAUACAUAAUUAUUUGAUAUAUAAUUUUGAUUUAUUGAAAAUGUCAAAUAAAAAAAAAUAAGUAAAUAAUGUUAAUUUCUUAAGGAUCCUAAAAUGCACUACUACUUCUUUAUGCAAAAUAUAAUUUUAUUAAUUUAAUUUGAUUUUGUGAUUGGCAGGUUUUGUGAGAUUCACCCUUCAGCGUUUUCUGGAAGUGUGACGUGUCACGUGACGUCAUUUAGGGCUCCUUCAUGUUUAAAAUAUUGUACAUGCAUCAAGAGACUGACAUAUGAUCGUCCAUCAGGCCAAAAGAUUUUCAUAUUUCACCUUAAAUCAAGGAAAUUAAUUCUCAGGAUUAUUAAGAUUUGUCACAUACUUUCAUGACAAUUACACUCAUUCUUCUCGCCCCUUUGAUAGUAUUUAUACAUCAUUGUAGUAUCUGUGGUACUGCUGUUAAUUUACGCCGAUUUAAAUAAAAAAAAACAGUGUAUUCCAGUAAUAAACACUGAAAAUAUUUCAAAAAGGAAAACUCAAAAGAUGCAUUACAGCACUGAUGCAAAAUGCCUGAUUGUUGUGAAAAUAAUGUCACAAAUCUUAAUCCUCCUAAAAAGAUUUUCUUCAUGUAAAAUAUAUGUAUUUUUUAUAUUUGUGAUGAAAUGUGAUUCAAGCGAGUAAUUCUGUCUGCGUGUGUCUUAAAUCCACCUGUAUCUGCUGAAACAAGGUUAGAUUCUCUUACGAUCUUUGGGAUUUAUCACCAGUUUCUCAAUCUGUUUAAUGUAAAUCAUGUGUGUGUGAUUGAUAUCAUAAACACUCUGGGUCACAUUUCAGCUGCUUUUCUCAAGAUCCACAUUAUUCUUUGGAGAAAGGUGGUCGUUCUCCAGUAGGGCUUGACGCUUCAGAUGGACACGCUGCUAACUAGUUUUUUUAAAAGUUGCUAAUCACAGAAUCAACAAGGGAUUUUUUUUUUUUUUUUGGUUAGAGAUUUACACUCAUUAAACUCGUUCCCAGUCUCAAGUAAGGCCUUAUAUGGUUGAGUUUAUCUGAAGGCUUAGUUUUGGACUUCAGAGUAUCACCGUAGUUGACCUGGCAUAUCAAAGGUGCCAUAAUAGCUUUAAAAUGCUGCUAAUCAUGUAUGUUGACGGUGAUGAGAAGCGCUUUCGAUGUGAGGCCACGUCAGCUUCAUUACAGCAGGUUUUCUGGUCACAUGACAGAAGAAAUGGGAAGAUGUGGUAUACAUGUUGCAUGGGAAGCACCACUAUUUUUAAAAAGCCUUACCAGAUAUUAGACCAUUUGCAAAACUUCUUUUACGAGAUAUCAUUUAGGUAAAUAAUAAAUCCAUGUUUUGCUGCUUUGUGCGAAUUUCUGUUUCCAGCAGAUCUGAGCCUGAUGCAUCCAACCGGAUCCGUGAUCGUCAAUCAAAGCUUUCAAUACACUAUAGACUGAGUGUCACUUGUGUUUGUUUGUUUAAUUUGCCACCGAACUCCAUCAGGUAACGAUCUGUCUGAUCUAGUUCCAUCCUUACAGCAGUCGAGAGGAACAUAACAACUAGUAACGCAAGUUAACCUCCUGAAGAGAUGCAAACGAAGCAAACUGAAGCUUGUAUGUGUUGGAUCUCGAUGUGAAAGGGUAACAGUGGCCACCAGGAUGAUCAAAGUUUUUUUUUUUAUGAUUUAGAGAUAUUGUAACAUUCCAUCUGUGUAAAAAUAAAAUUAAGAAAAAACUAUGUACAGACAUAAUGAGAUUAAAAAAGCUAAAUCUUUUGAA